AUGUCAACUAAUAAUAACAACAACCCAAAUGACAAUGAUAGUAUCAAGAAGGACAAUGUUUUUCCAAAGGGAUCGGAGCUAUCCGCUAAAAAAAAAACUACAACAACACCUAUAAUUGUGCCUACUACCAAUAAUAAAACAACUGAGCCGUCCACUGAUCCAGAUAAAUUAGGUGAUGCAUUAUUAUCAGCAGGUGUUAAUCUUCAUGAAGAAGAGGCUUUAUUAAAUGCACAAUAUUCCAAGCAAGGUACAAGUAAUAACAAAGGUAAUAAUGGAAGCAAUGUCGAUACACCUGGUGGAAAAAAGAGUACAAGUAGGAAAGUUACCCAUUUACCACCUGUACAGCCCUUUCUACACCCAUUCCACGUGAACAGAGCAAUGAGGAAAGUUAUGAAGGAGAAUAAGUUUGGACUAUCUAAAAUCAAAAGGGAACCUAUGGAUUUGGAAAAGGAGAAGCCUGAAAUCUUAUUACAAAUGAGUACUGCCUGUGAACUGUAUAUGAAAGAUUUGAUAGUAAAUGCGUUAGUUUUAUCAAGACAUCGUCGUAAAAGCAGUUUUAAAAAUGUGCACAGUUUGAGCAAUAGUAGUAACAGUGGGAUAAUAACGGAGAGAAGUGAAGUAUCUAAAGCUUUGAGGAAAAUUGCUUUGGAAGAAAAAAGACUAGAAGAAAAAAGAUUGAAAAAAAGGCAAGAUCAUGGGCUAGAAAAGAAGGAAUCUACUAAAAUUAGAGCACUAAAUGAAGAAGAAUCAAUGGCAAAAGCCUCUAAUGCUACUGCAAAUUUAAUGAUGGGUACCAAGAAGAAAUAUAGCUGGUUAACUUCAUCAUCCUCAUCAUCGUCGUCCUUAUCUAAAUCAAGCUCAGGUAUGCAUACAAUAGUUGGUGGUAGAGAACCUGCUGGCCCAGUUGCAAAUGCUAUAAAUGUCAGAGGGGAAAUGGGCAUUAAAUACAAAGAAGCUAGGGAAGAAUCUGGAAUCGUUAUGAGAGAUUUUUUACGUGCAUUAGAGAAUAGAAGGGUUGGUACUGAUAUAAAUAGUAUAAUAUCGAAAGGCUAUGCUAGAAUUAGAGAUUGA